AUGGCACCUAAAUUAUAUGCUAUUGCUGCAAGUCCACCUGUAAGGGCCGUUCAGGCUUGUGCAAAGGCCAUAAACCUGGAAUUGGAAGUAAUCAACGUUAAUUUGCUGGCUGGAGAACAUUUAAAACCGGAGUAUUUGAAGAUUAAUCCUCAACAUAUUGUACCAACAAUAGAUGAUGAUGGAUUCAUUUUAUGGGAUAGCCAUGUUAUUAUGCAAUAUAUUGUGGAAAAAUACUCAAAAGAUGACGCCUUGUAUCCAAAAGAUAUCAAAGCCAGGGCCCUAGUAAACCAACGUCUCUUUUUUGAUGCUGGAAUUUUAUUCCCACGGAUGUUGGUUAUCACGAGAUCCAUCAUUUUUGACGGUGCUAAAGUCAUUCCAGAGGAAAAAAGAGAAAAGGUUUUAGAAGCAUAUGGUUUCGCAGAAAAAUAUUUGGAAAGCAGCAAAUAUAUGGCCGGAGAAACUGUUACAAUUGCAGAUAUUAGCUUGGUAACCACUUUAACAUCUUGUAAUGUUGUGGUGCCGAUAGAUUCUGAAAAAUAUCCAAAAAUUACAGCUUGGAUUAAAACAAUGGAGCAAUUACCGUAUUACGAUGCCAAUAAAGUUGGAUUGGACAUGUUGGAUGAAUUGAUAAAAUCAAAAUUGAAGGGCUAAUUGUUUCCUUAGUUUUAUAUAAAAAUAUAAUUGCGUAUUUCUAAAUUUAACUAUUUUAUUAAGCAGUGAAAGUUCGAUGUAAUUGAAGGAAUUUAAAAAUCAUAAUAAAUACUUCUACUUUCUAAAUGUAUAUUGAAACGAAA